AUGACUGCCGGCCCAUCAAAUGGAGAGCCGGCCGUCGGCGCUGACGUGCCGCGCCUCAAGUCGUUUGCCACGGCUGACACCCUCGCUACCGGUGUCAUCGCAUGGGUCAAGAAGGACGGCCAGCCGCGCCGUGCCGAGAUUUUGAGCAUUAAGGAGACCAAGAGCGGCAAGCAAUUUUACUGCAAUUUCGACAACUUCAACAAGCGCCUCGACGAAUGGGUCCCUCUCGCGCGCAUCGACCUGUCGCAAGAGGUCGAGUGGCCGAACCCCGAGAAAGACAAGCCCAAGGAAGCCAACAAGAAAAAAGUGCCGUCGGGCGCGAUCAAAAAAUCGGCCGUGGCCAAGAAGAAUCAAAAACGGCCUGGCAAGCGAGAGGACUCGAUAAAAUCCGAAGCGACGACGCCUCAUCCCUGGAGCGACUUUGUGGAAUCGCAGCGCAAGUCUACCUCUGUCGGCCCCGACGGCGACUCGCAGGCUCCCGACAGCGCGGGGCCAGGCACGACACCCGCGACACCAGCAGGCGGCGACGAGAUGGACGUCGACGAAAAGGAGGACGACAAGGAGGAGUUUAGCCGCGAGGAGGAAAUCGAGAAGCUUCGAACAUCCGGCUCCAUGACGCAGAACCCGACCGAAGUCUCCCGUAUUCGAAAUAUAUCCAAGGUCCAAUUUGGCAAAUUUGACCUAUUUCCAUGGUACUUUUCACCUUACCCGGAAUCGUUCAGCGGCGAAGAUAUCAUCUUCAUCUGCGAGUUUUGCCUGAGCUACUAUGGAGACGAGUUCUCCUUUAACCGCCACCGCCACAAGUGCACGCUGCAGCAUCCGCCCGGCAACGAAAUAUAUAGAGACGACUACGUAUCCUUCUUCGAGAUUGAUGGUAGACGUCAACGGACGUGGUGUCGCAACCUGUGCUUGGUGUCAAAAAUGUUUCUGGAUCACAAGACGCUAUACUACGAUGUCGAUCCAUUCCUUUUCUACGUCAUGGCUGCCCGCACCGACAAGGGUUUCCCGUUUGUGGGGUACUUUUCUAAAGAAAAGGAAAGCGCAGAUGGUUACAACGUUGCGUGUAUCCUGACAUUACCACAAUAUCAAAGAAAAGGCUAUGGGCGACUGUUGAUCCAGUUUUCGUACGAGCUAUCCAAGAUUGAAGGCAAGCUGGGCUCCCCUGAGAAGCCGCUCUCCGAUUUGGGACUGCUGAGCUAUCGUCAGUACUGGGCAGAGAAUAUAUUGGACUUGUUGGUGGGUGCCUGCGAGCGCGGUGAGAAGGUGACGAUUGAGGCGAUUUCGUCGGCGCUGGCGAUGACGACUGUGGAUGUGGAGCAUACGCUGCAAGCGAUGAAGAUGCAGGUCUAUCACAAGAGUGAUCACAAGAUUGUGAUUCCGGAGAAGCUAAUUCAGCAGCGAGAAAAGCGCCUGCUAAAACCAAGACGGACACUGGACGCUGCCAAGGUGCAGUGGAAACCGCCUAUCUUUACAGCAUCUAGCCGUACAUGGGGAUGGUAA